CGGGGGCGGGCCUGCGGGGUGAGCAUGGCCACCCUGCGCAGGCUGCGAGAGGUGCCUCGGCACUUGCUGGUAUGCGAGAAGUCCAACUUCGGUCACGACAAGUCGCGCCACCGCCAGCUCGUGGAGAAGCACUACCACAACUACAGGGUUUCAUUUCUGAUUCCUGAAUGUGGGGUUCUAUCAAAAGAACUAAGCAAUCUGGCCAUGGAAACUGGACCCUAUUACUUUGUGAAGAAUUUACCCCUCUAUGAGUUAAUUUCACCAGAAUUCAUCAAUAAUUUCGUAAAGAAAGGUUCAUGCUAUGCACUGACAUACAACACAAAUAUUGAUGAAGACAACACUGUCGCCCUGCUGCCAAACGGGAAAUUAAUUUUAUCUCUGGAUAAAGAUACUUAUGAAGAAACUGGGCUUCAAGGUCAUCCAUCUCGGUAUUCUGGCAGGAAAAUCAUGAAAUUUAUUGUUUCCAUUGAUCUGGUGGAUUUAUCCUCUAACCUGGCUUCUAAGAAGUAUGGCAGAAUAUCUUGGUCCUUUAAAGAGAAGAAGCCUUUGAAAUUUGACUUUCUUUUGGCGUGGCAUCACACAGGUGCAGAAGGACCCACGAUGAUGACACAUUUCGCCAGUUACGGGAUUCAGGAGCAUCAGCCAAAAGUGGCGCUCAGCACAGUGGUGGAGCUGCAGUGCCCGGUGCUGUGGAGUGAGGAGCCCCAGGGAAGCCCAGAAGUGUCCUGCAGCGGCCCGGAGCUCCUGGAGUGGCUGGGCGCCGUGUACAGCGGUGCAGAACUAAAUAAUAAUCCUAGUGAUUUCAUAUCAACCUAUUGCUGUCCCCAGCCAAGCACCGUGGUUGCGAGAGCUUAUUUAUGUACGAUCACUGGCUUCAUACUUCCUGAGAAGAUCUGUCUCUUGUUGGAGCAGCUGCGUCACUACUUUGAUGAGCCCAAAUUAGCUCCUUGGGUCACACUGUCAGUUCAAGGCUUCGCAGACAGCCCCGUUUCCUGGAGAGAAAAUGAACAUGGUUUUCGAAAAGGAGGUGAACAUUUGUACAACUUUGUGAUCUUCAGUAAUCAGGACUAUUGGCUUCAGAUGGCCGUAGGGGCAGAUGAUGACUGUCCACCAUAAAAAAGAACCCGAAACUCAAAGUCAA